AUGGCCUGCUUAGCCGACACUGAGCUGAAACCUCAGAGCUUUAAAUUCACAGUUCUCUCUGAACAGAUAAACAAACUCGAGGAGGACGAAUCUGCUGUGACAGAUUCAAACUCUGCACCUGAUGCCAUUCUACGAGUAGAAGGAGAGAGUUUUUACGUCAACCGUCAACAAUUGGCCCUCCAGAGUCACUACUUCAGGGCUCUGUUUUUUGGCGGUGGCCUAGAGAGCAGCAAAAGGAAAGUUGAGAUCAAAGGUGUGAGUCUGCAGCAUUUCAGAGUUUUGAUGGAAUACAACAAGACAUCCAACCUAUCUCUUGACAGAGAAAACGUUCUGGGGAUUCUUGAGACCGCAGACUUUUUACAACUGGAGCGAGCCAGGCUUCUGUGCUGCAAGUUCCUGGAGCGUGAGCUGCACCUCAGUAACUGUCUGGGAAUGAUGGCCUUCGCCUGGCAGCGGGGCUGCACUCAGCUGUACACUGCAGCACGUCAGGUCGUGCUCACACACUUUUCUGCUAUUGUCGCUGAAGAAGACUUCCUAUCUCUGUCUAAGGAAACUGUUGCAGACCUUCUUGCCUGUAAUGACCUCGCCAUCCAUAACGAUGAUCUAGCCGUGGAGGCCACUCUGUGCUGGGUGUCUUUUGAUUCAAAACGAGAGGAACAUUUUAUGGAGCUCAUUCAGCUGGUGAGGCCUGAGUCGCUCUCUUUAUCAUUUAUCACUGAGCUUUUGACCAAAAUGAAAAGCUCUGACCCCAGAGCCAAGCUCAUCUGCACGCUGAAUGAACAUUUCCCGGCAUCAUGGUCAAUAGGCAGGUCAAUGACGAGGACCAGGGCCAGAGAGACCUUCUUUGUCUUGGGUGGACCUCACGAUCAGGAAAAGCAGUCACUGUACCAAUUUCACCCACUCAGUGGUAGAUGGCAGAGCUGCCCCCCUCUGCAGAGGAAGAACCUCACACAGUACUCGGUAGCUGCAGUAGGAGACAAUGUGGUCGUGACAGGCGGCUACUUCCGGGACGUGCUGUGGUUCACCGUGGACUGGGUCAGGAUAUACGAGUGUGGGAACCAGCGCUGGGUGGAUGGGCCAGCCCUGCAGAUCUCCAGGCACAGCCACUGCUCCAUAGGACUGGACUCCUCACUGUAUGUCCUUGGUGGUAGCAUGGAUGAAGGGCUUGUGGCCAAUGUAGAAAGGCUAGUGAUGGGGUCAGAGGAGGGUUGGGAGGAGGUCAGCCCCCUGGUUAGGGCUGUGGAGAGGGCAGCCACUGCUGCUCUGGGGUCGUGUAUCUACGUGGCGUGUGGCCUGGAUGAAAACGGGGAGGCGUAUGGUGGAAUUCAGAGGUACAUGGUGAAGAACGAUCAGUGGGAUGUGGUCUCCUAUUCUCCAUUUCCACGAUAUGACCUGGUUGCCUCAGAGCUCAACGGUGCCCUCUACCUGUUUGGAGGCCAAGCCAUGCGCUUUGACGUGGAGACGGACGAGUGGACCCUGCUGGAGGAGGAAUGUCUGGACAGGAAGUUCUUCUGUGGCUGCACAACAGUCAGCGGCCAGAUAUACCUGGUCAGCGAGAGGAAGAGUAACAAAGCAUUCCCAAACAUGGUGCUUAUGGACCCUUACAUAGACACUUGCAUUGAGGUGGAUGAUGCCAUACCCUGCCCUGUGCCCCUUAGAGGGUGUGUGACUCUGAGAAUGGUCACAUGA